AGCGGGGUGUAUUUGCGGAUGUUCUAUCAUCGAAGGCACUACUGUCUUAAGAGUAAGGUUUAUCCUUCCUUCCUCACUGACCGCUGCUCCAUCCUCCGACAACUUCAACUUCGGAGUUGCUGUCAAAGCCACCAUCCGGCUCAGGUGUAGCGCCACCAACAACUAACCUUUUAAGCCAUAGCUCCAACGAUGAAGCCAUUAGACAACCUCCAAAGUCCUCGAGCUCUACCAUUGUCACACCAGCUCCAAUGAGCAAUGACGCCACCCCUCUUCGCUUGUCAAGAGAUGCUGCUAUCCUUUCGUGAAUAAGACCUAGCCAUUCAAAGAGACGUUGUUGAAAUCUUGGGUUGCAACCUGUUGCCAACACCUUUUAUAGAUCAGAGCUCCGAGCGUGUCGUCGCAACAGAAGCCUAGAAGUUGGAUGACGUUCACAUCAUAGUAGAAGCCGAGAUGCCGGAUGAUGUUCACAUGGUGAAUUCGACUAAUGGUGGCCACUUCAUUCACGAAGACCUGGCUAUUGCCUUUGAUCUUCUCCAACACCUUGGUAGUCACCAGAAGUCCAUUUGGGAGCUUCCCCUUUGCCUAGACUAGGCAACUUUCACUGUGGGUUCUUGUCGUCUGGACGAGGCGACGUCUACUGCCACCUCCUCCCUCAUUACUCUUCCUGCAGCAGAGGAGCUCUGCAGUGACGCUCUCAUUGGUCGCUUUCGUGCAGCCUUUAAGGAAAAAAGUGGCAAGCGCGACCUGCACACAACCAACUGAUCUCCUAUUUGACUAUGAUUUACUAGGCUACAUCGAUAGGUCUGAUACCAUGAUAAGUUGAAUUGUAGUGAUGAAAAGUACUGACGAAAUGGUUGAAUACAAUGUCUUAUUUAUACAUAUGGGAAAGGAGAAUUUUUCUCAAUUAUCCUACGAGAUUUACUCGUACAAUUGAGGAAAUCUUUAUCUGCUAUCAUUCCUUUCUGCUUAUUAUAGCCGAAGAAGAUGAUGGAUGGCCAGGGGAGAUGUACAGAGGAGACAAAUAAGAGGUCCUACUUAACAUUCUGGUUGUGGUGAUACUGAUCAUUUCGAUUCCUCUGAUGAUGUCGAGCGGUGAGAAUGGUAGAAGUUAACAACGUUAGGCCAUUGUGAUAAAUGCCAUGCCCAUCUCUGUGUUAAGGUCUCUCUCGUCACCUGUAGACCUGUCGAAGAUCCAUAGAUAAGAGAAGACCAUGCAGUGCCCAACAGCUCCUCCUUCCUCUAAUAAGCUCUCCGCCGGUUCGCAGCAUCAGCAACAGCAGCAACCACCACCGUCGGCUCACGACUUCACCAAAACUAUCGUUCUGGCGUCGACGCCGUUUGGUAUGGUUCCUGAUGGGUGGACUGGUGUUGCUGAUGGUGCCCAAAUCCAGUACCCUGUUUUCGGUGCUGCUAACGUUGGACAGGCAAACGCCAGUGCCAAUUCUUUCGAGAAUAGCACGGAGAAGAGAAAAGCUCCUAAAUCCAAGCAGCAGGAAAGUCGCAGAAGUGGCGCAGAGGAAGAAGGAACAGCCAGAGGAGGUGCAACAUCCAAGAAUAAGAAGAAAGCGUCAGGAUCAGACGCUACGAAGGAGACCGAUUACAUCCAUGUAAGAGCUCGCCGGGGAGAAGCCACCGAUAGCCAUAGCUUAGCCGAAAGAGUGAGGAGGGAGAGGAUCAGCGAAAGGAUGAAGUACUUGCAGGAGUUGGUGCCUGGAUGCAGUAAGAUCAUGGGGAAAGCCAGCACGCUUGAUGAGAUCAUAAACUAUGUGCAGUCUCUCCAAAGACAAGUCGAGUUCCUGUCUAUGAAGCUCGCUGCUGCAGAGCCCAGAAUGCACCUCAGUAGUAGCAACUUCUUCGACAGAGAAGAGUUAAAUGCACCCUGCAAUUCCAGUAGUGUUCCGGUAAUGGGGGUGACAUCAGAUCAACUCAAGCACUCCGGCCUUCAGUUGGCCUCCCUGCAGCAGGAUGCCUUGGCUUCAUGCCUCGAUGUUCACGGAUGGUCUACUUGGGACGCCGGUUUGCACGGCUUCCAUGAUGGGGAAAUCCACCGAGGGAGUCAUCUUUGUCCUGGCAAUCAUUGCAAGGUAAAUAAUAAUACUUCGAUCGCUGUUUGCAACCAGGCAGAAACAGCACCUUUUGCUUUGUGGGAAGUCUCUUACCCCACAAUCUAAAGAUGGAGAUGCGAUUACAGUUGGGUUUGAUGUUCUCGGAUGUUGGAGGUACCAAUUGCCGAGGUCAGUGACUUAACGCAGAGGAUGGGUUGGAGACUGGUGCUGGUAACAAGAUCUUUGUGCACUGCGUUAAACAUCGUCUUGAAUCUCCCUACUCCUGUAUUGUCCCUACUGUUUUAUCGUUGAGGAGUACUGGGAAUGCUCGUCUCCUAAGGAUCCAUUGGAAUUCUCUUAAACAAGAGAAGAUAUAUAUAUAUAUAUAUAUAUGUGUGUGUACAACAUUUCUUUUUAUCA